CUUAGUCCUGCGCGGAAUCAGUUUCAGUUUCAGGAACUUAAUCCCACCCCUGCCACCAACACAUACAUAUAUUUACGUUUGAUUUGAUUUGGUUUAUCCUCGCAAGUCUGAAUCUCGUAACAAGAUCCAAUUUUCCUCCCAUGGCUAGUCCAAGAGCCAACCUCUUGUUCCUCCUAUGGCUUCUGUGUUAUUCUCUCUACGCCAUUGCCGGAAAGAGCUAUUACGACGUACUUGAAAUCCCGAAAGGCGCGUCGGAGGAGCAGAUAAAGAGAGCGUACAGGAAGCUGGCGUUAAAGUACCAUCCCGAUAAGAACCCUGGCAACCAAGAAGCCAAUAAGAGAUUUGCCGAAAUUAACAAUGCGUAUGAAGUACUCUCGGACAGCGAGAGGAGAAGCAUUUACGAUAGGUACGGCGAAGAGGGCUUGAAACAGCAUGCUGCCGGAGGCGGCAGAGGUGGUGGCGGAAUGGGAAUGGAAUUCCAAGACAUUUUCGCCUCCUUCUUCGGGGGAGGUCCAAUGGAGGAGGAAGAGAGAAUUGUGAAAGGUGAUGAUGUGCUUGUUGAAUUGGAUGCAACGCUCGAGGAUUUGUACAUGGGAGGUUCCUUAAAGGUUUGGAGGGAGAAAAAUGUUUUAAAGCCAGCAUCUGGGAAGAGACUCUGUAACUGUAGAAAUGAGCUUUAUCACAAGCAAAUAGGUCCUGGGAUGUUUCAACAGUUCACGGAGCAGGUCUGUGACAAAUGUCCAAAUGUUAAAUAUGAAAGAGAUGGUCAUUUCAUCACUGUUGAUAUUGAGAAAGGCAUGCAAGAUGGGCAGGAAGUGCUAUUUUUUGAGGAUGGUGAGCCCAUAAUUGAUGGAGAGUCUGGAGAUCUAAGGAUUCGUAUCCGAACAGCACCCCAUGACCUCUUCAGAAGGGAAGGCAAUGACUUGCACACCACUGUCACUAUAACACUGGUUCAAGCACUUGUUGGCUUUGAGAAGACUGUUAAACACCUAGAUGAGCAUCUGGUGGACAUAAGCACGAAGGGAAUCACAAAUCCAAAGCAAGUGAGGAAGUUCAAAGGAGAGGGCAUGCCACUGCAUAUGAGCACAAAGAAAGGAGAUCUUUACGUCACGUUUGAGGUUCUGUUCCCAAACUCACUAACAGAGGAGCAGAAAACAAAUAUAAUAGCAAUUAUUGAUUAGAAUACAGGAUACGUGUUAUUUUGCUCAUUAUGUCCUCAUGUAACAUGAUUAGGUGGUUAUAGUUAUAGUAAUAGUAAAGCUUGAGUUUCCUGUCUCCCUCUUGUUAGUUAUUUUUUUCUUAUACAACGUUGAAGCAUGUCUUCUUGGCAUGUUAUUAUUUUUUGUCAAGAUACGAAGAAGCUUAGAAGACCUUUCUUACA